AUGGAUCGCGAUAAGCGCUGGGAGAGAAUAUGUGUUGCUUACGAAGCUAUGAUAGGAGGAAAAGGCGAACCUACCACUGUUGAAGAGGCGCCGGCACUUGUUCGUAAGCGCUAUGCUGCGCAGGAAACUGAUGAGUUUCUGAAGCCAAUCAUUGUGAAUGGUGACAAGGGGCGUGUGAAAGACGGCGACACUCUCAUUUUCUUCGACUACAGAGCCGACAGAAUGAGGGAGAUAUCUGAGGUGAUGGGUAUGGAGCGAUAUAAAGAUUGCAAAUCGUCCCUACCGCAUCCAAAAGACGUACAAGUGAUUGGUAUGACGCAGUACAAGAAGGAGUUUCCAUUCCCUACAUUAUUCCCACCACUGAGCAACAAGAACGUGUUGGCAGAGUGGCUCGCUUCUCAGGGCUUGACGCAGUUUCACUGCGCAGAAACUGAAAAGUAUGCACAUGUAACAUUCUUCUUCAAUGGUGGUGUUGAGAAACAGUUUGAGAAUGAGGAAAGAUGCAUGGUACCAAGUCCUAAGGUGAGAAGCAGCGCUGUUUAA